AUGGCGCCGAAUGUGCGAAGAAGCGAGAGGAGGAGGAGAACAAAACGAGAAAACGAUGGUUACGCUCCCCUCAUUCAAUCGUUUUCUUUGUUUUUCUUCUUUUCUCGCGCGGUAUUCUUCGUCUUCUUCUUCGAAAAGAAUCCAUCCGCGAGGAUGAUGAUGAUGAUUGGAAAGGUGGACGCGUACUCCUCCGGCGCGGGAAGUUGCGACUUUGACGGCGUUUUACACGGCCUUCCAUCGACGAAACCGUCCGAUUUGAAUCACGACUUCACAUUUACGCUCGGUUCACCCGGGAUUAACGUCCCAGGCGCGGCCGUGUACGCGCAAAUAUCUGGAAAACGGAACUAUAAAGGGUUCAUGAUAUACGCGGUCGAUGAAAAGACGAACAAACCUGUUGGAAAAUGGCUGCAGAAAGACAUGCCGAAUCGGGCGCAGAUCCACCCGAUGUGCGGGCCAACGCACGCGACGCACGAUAUUUCACACUCGAAAGAUGGAGGGCAAAAGAGAGACGUGUUACCUUGGGUGGUACCGGUGGAUGUUCCCGAGCGCGUGACGUUUAAAGUGACCGUGGUGGAGGAGUACGAGACGUGGUACGCGUUUGAGAUGAAGUACGAGAGAGGGAGCGCGAGAGCGGGAGGGGUGGACGGGCUGAAGCUGAUUGAGGAAGAUGUGCGAGAGAUGGAUAGAAAUGGGAAUAAAGCGCCGAGUUUAGGAGCGGCGAUGCGUGGUGGGUACGCGCCAACGGUAACGGACGAUGCGAGCGGGAGUAGCGACGGCGAAGAACGAGAAGAGGAGAGUCGCGAGGCGUUCUUAGCGGCGAAAGAUCCAGAAGGAACGCAAUAUAAAGCUAAACACGGACAGAAGAAGGAGUUCCACAAAACGUUUCACAGCAAAUUGGCAAAAGGAGGCGACAACAAAGACGUAUACAUAGUCGACCCGAAACUGAGAGCGAAGAAAGCCUCGGAUCGAGUUUCGGAAGAGACGAAAUCGUUGCAACGAAGAACCUUCGGCAGAGUCGCGCACGGCGCGUGCAUGUUUAUUUUAUGGGUCGUGUUUGCACCCGUUUCGGCAUCUAUCGCUCGCUACGGUAAAGGUAAUGCCACCGGUUGGUUCACCGUGCACAAAUCUUUGAGCGCCGUCAUUCUUUACGGCACUCUGUUUGGUAUCUUUGGCAUCCUCUUCCUCCGAGGUUUCUCCACGCCGUGGGGGCCUCACGGUACCUUCGGCUUGAAAACCUUAGGUCUGUGCGUCGUCCAAAUGACGCUAGGAAACAUCCGCAACUGGAUUCCGCGUCCAAUCUUUCGUUUCAUCCACCGCUGGCUCGGCGUCGCCGCGUUACUUUUAAGUUGGUACACCUGCCGUUUAGGCGCUCGAUUGCUGAGCAACAUCGAGCGCAUGCCGAAAGUGCCGACUCUGACGCACGCAUGCAUGUUCGUGGUUUUGGUUUUCGUCUGGCUCAUGCAACGUAAUCACACCAAGUCGAAGAUUGAUAUUAAAACCAAGUUUAGCGUUUGA